GUCUACACAAGCGACGUUCGACUGUUUUGGACUGCAAACAAGAUGGCCGCGGACUGUCAACCGUAAUAGUUCUCCCACCCUUGUUAUUUUCCGAUGAUAUAAGCUCACAUUUGACGGUUCGUGACAAACAUGGGGCUAUCACAGAGUUCAGAAGUGUCCGAAGGAGGGACGUAUGGAUACCACGUGCACGGCGUGCAGCCACACUCCCCUGCACAAAUGGCCGGACUGCAGCCGUUCUUCGACUUCAUUCUGUCUCUGGACAACAAAAGACUUAAUGAGGAAAAUGACCUGCUGAAGGAGCUUCUGAAAGCCAACAUGGAGAGAGCGGUGCGGAUGCAGGUGUACAGCACGAAAACCACGACGCUCCGUGAGCUGGAGGUGAUGCCCAGUAACAUGUGGGGAGGACAGGGCCUGCUCGGGGCCAGCGUCCGAUUCUGCAGCUACCAUGGAGCCAACGAGAAUGUCUGGCACAUUCUGGACGUGGAAGCCAGUUCCCCUGCUGCAUUGGCCGAGCUUCAGCCGCACAGCGACUACAUCGUCGGAGCGGACCAAGUGUUGCAAGAUUCAGAAGACUUCUUCUCACUGAUUGAGGCCCACGAAGGGAAGCCCUUAAAGUUGCUGGUGUACAACACACAAACGGAUGUCUGCAGAGAGGUGGUGGUCACACCCAAUGGGGCGUGGGGCGGAGAGGGCAGUUUGGGGUGUGGCAUUGGUUAUGGCUACUUGCACCGAAUCCCAGCACUUUCUGAUGUUUCGACGGCUGAGCCACCCCCCCCUGUUCCUGAGGAGGAACCCCCUCCGGAGCUGCCCACCCACGGGUUUACCGAGGCACCUUUGAUGGCACCUUCAAGUCAAAGUGUAGAUGUGUUACACCUGGAGCAGGUCACCCUCCAGGAAGCUCCUCUACCUCCACCCGUCCAGAGGGUCAUGGACCCUGGUUUCUUAGACUCUGAAGUGGCAGUGAUGAACCCCGAACCUGCAGAUUUGGCAGACAGACUGGAUCUGUCCAUGUCGUCCAUCGACAUGACCAACACUUCGCUGACUAUGCAUGAGGAGAAGGACAGCGAAAUCUCUGGCGUUGAGGAGCUGGAGGACAGUGUGCUGCUUUCGUCAUCCGCAGACAGCCAGACUGAGCUACAGGAGCUGAGCUCCCAGACAGCCACAGAGUUCAGCUCUGCUCUCGCUUCCACUGACACUUUGUCUGAUUCAGGCAUCCCGCCAGCUGAACUAUCUCACCUGGUCACAGAGUCCACAGACCCACCCGGCUCUCUGUGUGAAUCUAGCGAUAGCCCAAGUCCACCUAUGCGGGACUUGUCUCUCCCUGUAGGGUCCCCCCCAGAGCCUCCCGCUGAAGAGCCUCCCUGCCCGCCUCCAGUCGAUUUCCCCCAAUCCUCUGCUGCGGAUGAUCCCACCGUAGACGAGUCUCCUCCUCAGGCCGGCGAGGAUGCGACAUGGCCGGUAGAGGAGCCUGCAGAGCUUCUCGAUGUGGCUGCUGCUCACCACUGCAGCCAUGAGAGCGAGGGGGAGGAGCUAGAAGAAGAGCCACCUCUCGAGUAAGCUGGCAUCAGGCCGUACAGAGAUUGUGAAGAGUGAAGUUGACAAUCACUGGGGCUUUUUAAAGAAACACUAUAGAACAUACAGAGCAGACGGAGGAAAACGCUUUCUGAUUUCAUGAUAGUUUCACAAUAAGCGUGUGGCUCCACCAGGUUUGUUACACUACGGACACCAGCUAAGGCAUUAGCACAUGAGUUGGAGAAAUACUAUAGAGGCACUGUAGGAAUAUCGGUUUUUCUUUUACAUCGGUGGGAAUUUAAAGUUACUGCUUAUUUUAUCACCAAGAUGGUUAUAUCAAAAUCAAUGUCCCAUGCUUGGUGCAAAAUUAGAUUACGCUAGUGCCAAGACUUUUGUUUCUGGUACACCGAUGUGUUGAAUACUUGAAAGCUUCCAAAGACAAACGCAUACGUUUAGUACAGCACAGCACAGCUGCACCUUGACAUCCGUAACACUAUCCACGUUUUUGAAGCUACCAGACUGUCGGCCGUUCAGAUGAGCUGGUCUCGACGAUUCCCCAAAAUAGAGCUUAUAAAAAUAGCUUUCUAGUUUAGUGUACUUUAUUGCCCAAGUAUUGGAUUUUUAAGUGUUAAGUGGAGGGAAAACAUUUGUCCACAUGUACCGCGUGAAACCAGUCGGUACAUGUUUUUAUUCUAGAUUUGAUGAGGUCAGUAUGUUUUAAAGUCUUUUUAAUUUGAUUUAUUCAGUCAUAGUUUGACUACAAUUAUGUCUCGUUCAAUAGUAUUCAUACUUUGUCAUUUUUGUGAUCUAUGCAAUAUCAGUACUGCCAGUAAGUUGGCAGGUAAUGUUUUAACCCGAUUAGAUAUCCUUUCACAUACAGUAUGUAAUAAGUCUGGUGACAGUGAUGCUGCUGUUGAGUAAUUGUUUCCGUCUUUCUAGGGGGCUUCUUUAAGGUUUUCACUGUCAAAGUAGGUGCUAGUGUGUAAAAUAAGGAAAAGUAUUUUUUGCAGAUAUUUUAUCAAUUCAUUGUAUGUUUUAUUAGGAAUGAGUGUAGUCUUUUCAUGAAUGUGAAAUGGGAGAAUCUUUGAUGGUAAACAAUCAUAUCACUUGAUUUAAAAAAAAAAGAAUUGCCCCUUGUUUUUCUUAUUUCACUCAGACGAACACAUUACAACUUUAAAAAAAAAAAAGCAUUUAUAAUUCAUCAUUGUUAAACCAUUCCAAUUUAUUUGUUUGAAUGCCUAAAAUAUACAUAUUUCACAAAUUACAACAAGGGAUAGUGCAGUGUUAUGGUACCCAUCUUGUUUUUGGCCAAUUUGAGCUCACUCGAUGCGUCCCCUAUGGCGUUACUCACUCUUCAUGGCAAAAUUAACUGCGUAAAAUUUACAAUGAAAAGAUUUGUUGUUCAGCUUGGUGCCACACCAAGAGAGAAAUGGGUGUUCCUGUUUGACUUUGGUGAAUGUAGAAUUUCUCUCAGAGGAGAUUCCCCCUUUUUAAUUCAUGUUUCAUUUAACUAUUAAAUCUAAAUGAAAUAUACAUUAGGAACAGCCCCUACUGUCAUCAACUUCACCGGUCAUGACCGAAGCAUAGUGCGGGUAAGCAUGAUUUAUUAUUAAAAGAUAUAUACCUUUA